CAGCAGAGCAUUACAUAAAAUAGGAAGGAAGAUGAAGAAGUGCUGAGAUUCUAAAGAUAGAUAUACUAAUUACUAAGCGCCACACUAACCGCAUUGAGAUCAUCAAACAAAGUUUUUAUUAAUCUCCACACCUAAAGACGAUGAAGAAACCUCCUCUUCCCCUUAAACCAUUUAUAUAUCUUCUUGUUUCUUCCAAAGAUACUUACUCGUUUAUAAAUCUCCUUGGAAUCUGCAAAACAUCACAAAACUCACUUUUGUCUCACUUUCUUCCCUUCCCCCACCACAAAACUCACUUUUGUCUUCUCCUCUCUCUCUUCAAUAAGUAACAUAAGAUCUCUCCCUCUUUGUCUAUCUAACGGUCGGAAACCAAAAAAAAUGUGUUCUCACCAUUGCUUCCUUCUCUUCAUCUUCUUCCUCGCUUCACAUUCUUUAGUUACUUCCAGAACAUUGCCAAAGAACUCUGUAACUACUUCAACGAUUCUUGAUGUCGCCGACUCCAUUCGCAAAACCAAAGAUACGUCGUCGUUUCAUCUCAACCAGCAAGACGAACAGAGUCACUCUCCAUCUUCAUUCACCUUACAGCUCCAUUCACGAGCCUCCAUCCGAGGAAACGAACACUCAGACUACAACUCCCUCACGCUAGCUAGACUCGACCGUGACUCAGCCCGAGUCAAAUCCCUCAUGGCUCGUUUAGAUCUAGCCAAAGCAGAUCUCAAGCCCGCUAUUACCACAACUUCGCAGCAGCAAGACAUCGAAGCUCCUCUAAUCUCCGGCACAACUCAAGGAAGCGGCGAGUACUUCACACGCGUCGGCAUCGGAAACCCGGCGCGUGAAGUCUACAUGGUGCUCGACACCGGAAGCGACGUGAACUGGCUACAAUGCUCCCCAUGCGCCGACUGUUACCACCAGACCGAACCAAUCUUCAACCCUUCCUCCUCCUCCUCCUACACCACCCUCUCCUGCGACACUCCUCAGUGCAACUCCCUCGAACUCUCCGAGUGCCGAAACGCCACGUGUCUCUACGAGGUCAACUACGGCGACGGGUCCUACACCGUCGGCGACCUCGCCACCGAGACGCUCACCAUCGGCUCCGCCUCCGUCGCCAACGUCGCCGUCGGGUGCGGACACAGCAACAAAGGACUCUUCGUCGGCGCCGCCGGGUUGCUCGGACUCGGCGGCGGCGCGCUCGCUCUCCCGUCGCAGCUCAACGCCACGUCGUUCUCUUACUGCCUCGUCGACCGCGACUCGGACUCGGCGUCCACCGUCGAGUUCGGGUCGGGGAUCUCCCCCGACGCCGUCGUGGCGCCGCUGCUGCGUAACCGCCGGGUCGACACGUUUUACUACGUCGGACUCGCCGGGAUAAGCGUCGGCGGGGAGAUGCUUCGGAUCCCUAUGUCCUCCUUCGAGGUGGACGAGACGGGAGGCGGAGGGAUUAUUAUCGACUCGGGGACGGCCGUGACUCGUCUCCAGACGGAAGUGUACGACUCGUUGAGAGACGAGUUUGUUAAAGGGACGACGGAUUUGGAGAGAGUAGGGGGAGUUGCGAUGUUCGACACGUGUUAUGAUCUCGCGGCUAAGGCGACGAUAGAGGUUCCAACGGUGGCUUUUCAUUUUCCUGGAGGGAAUGUGUUGGCUUUGCCAGCGAAGAAUUAUAUGAUUCCGGUUGACUCGGUGGGGACUUUUUGUCUUGCGUUUGCGCCGACCGCGAGUUCGCUUUCGAUUAUUGGAAACGUGCAGCAGCAAGGGACACGUGUCGGUUUUGAUUUGGAGAAUUCUCGCAUUGGAUUCUCGACGAAUAAAUGCUAAGAGGAUUUUAAUGUGUUUUUUCUUUCUUGUACUUGUUUGUUGCAGAGAGUUGUGUAAUGAUUUAAAAAGUCCUAAAAGGUUAGUAUAAUGUUUUAACUCUGAC